UAUUAUUCGAAAAAAAAAUCAAAAAUAAUUUUGGUAACGAUUGAUCAAAAUUGUUUUAACGUUGGAAAACGUGUCAUCGUUCAUGCAAACCCGACGAAUAUUGUUAUUGAAAAAGGGAAUCGACCAAACAAGAGACGAAAAGUUUUUGUUAGAUGGGACUGAAUUAAUUUCGACGAAGAUAUUUGGGAUCUUUCGUUUUCCCCCGAAAUUGUAUAUAUAUUCAUCCUCAGAUCAGUAUGUAUGCGGUUCCUUCUUGGCUGUUUUUGCUGGUUUGUUUUCAGUGAUUCAUCAGUACCCAAAUUUCGAGCUUUUGAUUCUUGUAGGGUGUUAACAAUUUGAUAUCUUGAUGAAGAAAAAUUCAGAGGAAGUUUCUGAUCCUGAUGGUGGAGAUGAUUCAGCAUCAGCCCAUCGUCAAUGCACGCGUGAUGAUCGACAAUAUGUGUCAAUGAAUCAGAAGAACACUGAAGUGAUGGAUGAUACGUUGGUGGAAAGUAAUGCAUCAUUAUGGUCUUCCCGAAAGAGUUUCAGGAAGGACAUUUCUUCUCUAGAUACUAGGUCUGUUGGCAGAGGAGCUCGUUCAGGCCAAUCUGGUUAUACAGGUAAAGGAGACUGGUCCGCUGUUGGUGUUUCGGGUAGCACUCACGGGUCUCUUAAGUGGGUUCCUAAAGGAGCUCAUUCAGGGAAAUUAGGUUAUGCAGGUAAAGGAAACUCUCCUUCUGUUGCGGAUUCGGGCAGCCAUCGCGAGUUUAAUACUAGAGUUGUUCCUGGUAUAAGAGUUCAUUCAGGAGAAGCAGGGUUUGCGGGCAAGGGAAAUUCAUGUAAUGCUGGUGAUUCGGACAACAGUAGUAAAGCAAUUAUGCUGGAAUCUUGUUCUGUAGAUGACACGGCCAAUACUCGGGAGUAUGACACUGCUGUUGUUUCCAGAGGAGCUCAAUUGUCGCAGGAAAUAGGUUUUCCAGAUGAAGGAAACUACUGUUCUGUUUCUGAUCUGGGCAGAACUAGCAAAAGUAAUACAUGGGUUGUUCCCAGUGGAGGAGCAGCUCGUUCAGGGAAGAUCAAAUAUGCCGGUAAAGGAAAUUCUUAUUCUGUUGCUGUCUCGGGCAGCAACAGUGAAUACACUUCUGGAGGAGCUCAUGCAGGGAAAACAGGUAAUGCAGAUAAAAGAAGCUCACAUUCUGUUGCUGAAUCAAACAGAGUUAGGGAACUCUCUCAACUGUCCGUGUUCGAUGAUGGAGUUAAGGUUUUUAAUAUCGAAGAAAGCUCUCUAAAGAGAGUAUCCGGUGCUGAUGUUCAAGCUCACGAUUCUGUUUUCUGCUAUGACAUCUGCCCUUUCAGAAACAGAUCCAGUGUUAAGCUUAAUCUCCCUCUUCACUUGAAGAAUAGAGAAAUAAGGAAUGAGAAAAAUCGAGCUGAUGGACUCUGCAUACAAGUAUUGAGGCCGGGAAUGCUUCUCUUAAAACAUUUCAUUUCCUUGAAUGAUCAGGUGAAAGUGAUUAGAUCUUGCAGGGAACUUGGGGUUGGCCCUGGGGGUUUCUAUCAACCUGGAUAUCAAGAUGGAGCAAAACUGAGCCUAAAAAUGAUGUGUUUAGGGAAAAAUUGGGACCCUGAGACGAGUAAGUACGGCGACUUAAGGCCUUGUGACAGAUCCAAACCUCCUCCCAUUCCUGAUGAAUUUCAUGAUUUGGUCCUGAACGCCAUCAAGGCAUCCCAUUCUCAUUUGAGGAAUAGAGGCAGCAAGACGCAAACUGCUGAAGAUAUAUUGCCAUCAAUGACACCUAAUAUCUGCAUUGUCAAUUUCUAUACAAAGACUGGCAAGCUUGGACUCCAUCAGGUUCUAUAACUAGCGUUAAUAUCCUUGUUUCUCUUCCUUUAAUCAUUCUUGUGCUGUAAAACCGAUGUAUGUUUCCUUUUAUCUUACAGGACAAAGAUGAAAGUCAGGAGAGUCUUAGUAAAGGGCUGCCUGUGGUAUCCUUUUCGAUAGGUGACUCUGCAGAAUUUUUGUAUGGCGACCAGAGAGAUGUUGACAAGGUGGAGAAAGUGGUCCUAGAAUCUGGGGAUGUGUUGAUAUUCGGUGGUAAAGCUAGGCAUAUCUUUCAUGGCGUAUCGACUAUUUUUGCAGACACGGCUCCCAAGUAUCUUUCAGAGGAAACAAAUUUGAGACCUGGCAGACUGAACCUCACUUUUAGGGAGUAUUGACAACUAGGUUUGUUUAGAAAAAUGUUAUCUGCCUUGCUGUUUGUAUUAGUAUUGAUUGAUCCCACUUAAGGACCUCGGACUUCUUGCAUCAAUGAAACUAAUUGCUGCUUUGUAUUCCUUUUUGGCUGCC